AUGGAUGGUGGCACAUUGACAGUAUUGAUCAGGGAAGAUGGGGAAUGUGAUGGCUUAGAAAUUGCCGAUCUCCAAUCCACAGAGAAGUUGGAUAGCGAGGGAAUAGGUCUGGAAGCUUCCCUUUUGCCCGUUCCCGCAGCCACUGAUGAAGUCGUUAUAUUUGUCGGAACCCGGAUGCAGCGUCUCUUUGGGAAAGCUACGGCUCGCGCUUGUGUGCAUCGUGUCCGCGCACCUACGCAGCCAAAAAGCUCCGGCGCAGAAAGAUUCAGCUUGGCAAUAUUCUGUGCACCUCCUAAAAGUUUUGGCAGGCAGCAAUCUCUCCAGUGA